CCUCCUUCCCUUCAGCCUGCACGUCCCAGGACUUCAUCUCUGCUGCCGGCGUUUCCACCACCGCUGCCAUCAUGUGCGACUGUUUCCACCUGGCCCUUCCUAACUGGCACGCCGCCUCUUCAGGGACGGGUGCUGGUCGGAGGCUAAGAGCACCAGAGCCUGGUACAGAGGACGAUUCAACAUGUGACGAGCCAUCUCAGUUCACAGAGAGAGAGCGACCACGGCCUCAAGGGUCCUCCCCCGUCGAGGAGUAUCCUGAAACGGAAAAAUACACCGACAGUGACAAAGAGUGUGAAGCAGAGCAUGACCCAUACCACAAAAGUGGGAGUGGAAAGAAAAGUAAAAAGUCUGGGCUCGGGUCGAUGUUUGAAAAGCGCUCAACUCCAAAGAUGAGUAAACUGAAGGAAGACCACAGCCCUGAGUCUGGGGUGAUGGUGAAAACAGCCCAAGAUGGAUGUUCAGAGGGUCUUGUUUACGGUGGAGGAGGGAGAGAGGGAAUAUUCAUAAAAGAAGUGGUACCAGAGUCACCUGCCUCAAAUCUGAAACUAAAAGAGGGUGAUCGAAUUCUGAGUGCCACUGUUUAUUUUGACAACAUGUCAUACGAGGACGCCAUUCAGAUUCUGGAGCACGCUCAGGCUUACAAAGUAAAGCUCUGCUUGAAACGCACACCAGUCAUCACAGAGACGGAACCGGUCACCAAAUCUGACGUCAUCCCUGAAGAAGAUGUCUACGCUCCAGAGAUGAGAGAGAAUGGAAAAACCAAAAGGCGUAGUGAUGCCCGCAUUUCUUGGCCUAAGUUUCCCUCCUUUGGAAAAGGAAAAAAAAAGUCUCGCUUUUCAAGGUCUCACAGCUCCUCAGAGGCUGAGGAGCAAAGAAAGCUUGAGCUUAGCCCCACUACAAGCGAUACGGAGUCCCCUAUAAAGUCUCAGGAUGCCCUGAAGGGCAAGAAGAAGAAUAAAAUAAAGCUUCCUCUUUUGUCAAAGAGAGGUCGCAUAAGUUCAUCUGAAGACCAGGACACAGAUGCACCGACAACUGCGCAGUUGGUUUCCCCUGAGACCCUUGAAAGUCCCUCAGGAGAAACACCUCAGGUCUAUGUGACAGAGGAGCUAAAGGUAGUUGAAGACUUAAGAUGGGAGGAAAAAGAGCCUAAAACUGUUCAACACAAGGUGGAACUCAUCACUAUAGAUAGCACUUUGAAAACAGAAGAUCUAACCUUGGCUCUAGCAGGUAAAGAAAGCUCCUCUGGUGUCAAGUCCCCUGAUGGGAAGAAAAAGAAGAAAGAGUGCUCUGAAUUAAAAAUGAAAAUUUUGGGGAAGGAUAAAUCACACAAGAAGGAUGCAAAGGCAAAAUCCUCACCAAAAAGGCUGAAAACGCUUGGGGCAAGUAUUGAAACAGCAGACCAAUCUGAAAAUAAGAAAGGAGAUCAACCAGCACUUGAUGCCAAUACCCAAAUAAUCAGCAGUGAUUGCUCAAGGGUAAUCCAAGCCAAAUCAGAGGGAAUAAAUGUACCAAAGGUGGAACUUGAAGUAUCUGAUGUUACACUGAUACAAAAAUCUCCACAGAAAGUUGAAGAAAAAACUAAGACAGGCAAGGACAUUAAACAGAAACAAGAAAUAAAGACAGGUCCAACAUUUAAAAUGCCUAAAAUAGGUUUUAGUGACAUUGCAAAAGUUGAUGUAAAUGUUGGAGAAUGCACAACUAAAACUGAGCAGCUUACUACUGAGGGUACAGAAGAGAAAGUAGAUCCUUAUGACCAACUGUCAAAACGUAUUUCCAAAACAAAACUUCCAAAACGUGAAGACAUUGAGAUUCCAGGUAUGGAGGACAUGUCUAUGAGAACCACAGCCAAAGGAAUUAAAGUGCCUAAAGCUGUCUUUACAGGCCAUUAUGAAAAGAUUCAAGCUGAAACUGUACAAAUGUUGAUUGAUGUGGACAGCGUGAAAGAGGCAGUUUCUAAAUUGCCUGGAUUUAAGCUGCCUAAGGUUGACACAAGUGGAAUGCUUAUUCCAGAAGAAAUUACUGUUAUAGAUGCAAAUGCACAGAGAAUAUCAGUGAAAACACCGACUAAAACGAAACGUGGCGCACACUUCAGUAAGGCGGACAUCACUGCCACUCAUGAAAUCUCCAAAACAACAAUCAAACUCCCAAAGAUCACACCAUCUUAUCUUAAUUCAGAGGAACUUGUAAUGGAGACCAAGGUAGAUCUUAAAAAAACUGAAAAGGAAUACAAAACUGAGCCUAAACAAAGUGGCGAAGCGGUAAAUAAAAGAGAACAUAUCAUAAUCCCUGGAAAGGAAAGUGAACAAGAAGUGGUGAAUCUUCUGACACAAGAAACACAAGACGACAAAUCAAAGAACGCAAAGAAAAAGAUGCCGAGCUUUGGGAUUGGAAAACCAGAAAUAAAAAUCCCGGAUGUUGGAAUUCACUUUCCAAAACAAAAUAUCUCUGAGCAAAAAGGUGACAACGUAAAAGGCGAAAGGACUAUAUUCCUCCAAGAAGUACAAAUAUCAAAGACAAACACAAGUACGAAGAUUGGAGAAGUCACAUCUGAUGUCAAAGUACCGGAAAUUGAAGGCAUUGAAUACAUUGAUUCAGCUGAUGGAUCACCAGCCAGAAAUGAAAGUGGCAUUGGGUUUACAGGUUUUGAUGUUAAUCUCGAUGCUGCAGGCCCAAAGGUUGAGCACACAUUAAAACUGCCCAAAUUUGGAGCAGCAACUCCGAUCGUCAGCCAAAAUGUGCCCGAUGCAGACAAGGAUAUAAAUAUUGAUGGGGCUGAGACAAAAAUACUUGAAAAUGAGGAAAAAAGUGGCAAGUUCAAAAUGUCAAAUGUUGGCAUCUCCAUGCCAAAAAUGAAAGAUCCUAAAAUUGAUUUAAGCCUAUCAAAAAAAGACGUAGAUGUCACACUACCAGAACCUAAAACUGAGAUUAAACACCAAGACAUUUCUGAGGUUGACAUCAAUGUAGAGGCUUCUAUACAAGAGCGAAAGAUGGAGGUCAAAAAACCUGAAGUGGAAAUCCAACCAAGGCAGCCUGAAGGUGAACUUGAUGGACAAGGAAGCAAGUUCAAGAAACCAAAGUUUGGAAUCGCGACUGCAAAAGUAAAAGGACCUGAAAUUCACUUUGGCUUAUCAAACAAAGACCGAGAUAUGACACUUCCUGAAGCCAAGGCUGAAGUAAAAGUCCUUGAUGCUCCUGAAAUUGAUUUCAGUCUUGGAAAAGCUGAUGUUUCUUUUCCAACGUGGAAAACGGAAGUUCCUUCAGUAGAUAUGAAAACUACAGGAACUGAAGAGGACGGGAAAGGAAGCAAAUUUAAAAUGCCACAUCUUAGUUUCUCUAUGUCAAAAGUGAAAGCACCUAAAAGUGAUUUAAGCUUACCAAAGACAGAAGUAGAUGUUCAAUUACCAGAGACAAAAGCUGAUGUAAAACUUCCAGGGGUUGAUGUUGGAAAAGUAGAUGUUUCAAUUCCAGAGGUUAAGAUGGAGGUUAGAAAACAUGAAACUGAAAUGCAGUUAUUGCCUGGUGAAGUUGAACUUGUUGGACAGAGUGAAAAGUUCAAAAUGCCAAAGUUUCAAAUCAAAAUACCAAACGUAAAAGGGCCAGAAUUUGACUUGAGCUCAUCGAGGAAAGACGUUGAUGUCUCAUUACCCCAGUCCAAAGUUGAGGUAAAACACUCAGAUGUCCCUAAAGUUGAUGUCAGUUUUGAAAAAGCACACAUUUUGAUGCCGGAUGCAAAGGCCAAAGUUAAAGAAAUUGAUCUUGAAAUGAAAGCUUUGCAGACUGAACCUGAAGGACAAGGAUAUAAGUUCAAAAUGCCAAAGUUUGGAAUUUCCAUUCCAGAGGUAAAGGGACCUGCAUUUCAUCUAGGCUUAUCAAAGAAAGAUGUAGAUGUCACACUGCCAGAAGCCAAAGUUGAGUUCAACCUCCCUGAAGUAAAACCAAAACUACCUUCUGCUGAAAUGCCUAGAGUCAAAGGGCCAUAUGUAGAUUCAAGCUUAUCAAAGAAAGACACAGAUAUUACAUUUACAGGGACCAAAGCUGAAAUCAAAUUCCCAAAGGCCCCUAAAAUGGAUGUCAGUAUUGAAAAAGCAGAGGUUUUCAUUUCAGAGGCAAAGGUGGAAGUAAAGAAACCUGAAAAGGAAAUAAAACUUUCCCAGACUGGAAUUGAACUUGAAGGAAACAGAGGCAAGUUCAAAAUACCAAAGUUUGGAAUCACAAUGCCAACAUUUGAAGGACCUGAGAUUGAUUCAACCAUCUCAAAGACAAAUAUAGAUGUGAAAAUACCAGAGGCCAAAGCUAAGGUUGAACUCCCAGAAGCUCCUAAAAUUGCUGUGGAAAUGAAACCACCAGAGUACGAGUCAGAAAGGGAUGGGAAAGGAAGCAAGUUCAAUAUGCCAAAGUUUGGAAUUUCAAUGCCAAAAGUAAAGGGACCUCAAAUUGAUUUAAGCAUUCCAAAGAAAGAUAAAGAUAUGACUCUACCAGAGGCUAAAACUGAAGUUAAACUCCCAGAUGUUCCUAAAAUUGAUGUGGAUAUUAAGGUGCCAGAGUGUGAAGCUGAAAUGGAUGUGCAAGGAAGCAAGUUCAAAAUGCCUAAGUUUGGAAUCACAUUUCCAAAAGUAAAAGGACCUGAGAUUGACUUAAGCAUUUCAAAGAAAGAUGUAGAUGUGACUCUACCAGAGGCUAAAGCUGAAGUUGAUCUCCCAGAAGCUCCUAUAAUUGAUGUGGAUAUGAAAGCACCAGAGUGUGAAGCAGAAAUGGAUGUACAAGAAAGCAAGUUUAAAAUGCCAACGUUUGGAAUGAAAAUGCCAAAAGUAAAAGGACCUCAAAUUGAUUUAAGCUUCUUAAAGAAAGACGUAGAUGUGACAAUACCGGAGGCUAAAGCGGAGGUUGAACUUUCAGGAGCUCCUCCAAUCGCGGUGGACAUGAAACUACCAGAGGGAGAAGCAGAAAUGGAUGGACAAGGAAGCAAGUUCAACAAGCCAAAGUUUGGAAUAUCAAUGCCAAAAGUUAAAGGAUCUGAAACUGAUUUCAGCUAUUUCAGUAUCACAAUACCAGAAAACAAACUCCCCGAUGUUGAACUAAAACAACCUUCUGCUAAAGUGGAAAUCAAAGCACCUGAAAUUGAAGCUCAAGGAAGCAGUAAGAAAGGGUCACCUUCAAAAUUUAAAAUGCCCACAUUUAAUUUUCCUAAAUUUGGGGCUGCCACUCCAAAUCUCAGCGCUGAAGUACCUGAUAUAGAAAAAGAAAUCAAAAUUGAUGGCGCAGACUUGCGCAUAGCUGUGCCCCACACAGAUGUUGAUGCACCAGACGUUAAAGCAGAGGUCCGGCUGCCAGAGAUUGAAGUCAAACAUAUUUUAGGCACUGUUGUGAUAGAGCAACAGCCAGAGGUUGAGAUUGAUGCAAAAUUGAAAAAGCGAAGGUUUUCAAUGCCCAGAUUCUCUUUUUCAAAAGGAAGUGUUAAGGCCCCAGAAGUUGAUGCAAACGUUCAGGAUGUGAAUGUGGCAAUUCCAGAAGGAAAAGUUGAAGUGAAAGUAGGGGAAGUUGAAACAAAACUACCAGAAUGUGAAGCAGAUGUUGACAGGAAGGGAAGCAAGUUUAAAAUGUCGACAUUUGGAAUCACAAUGCCAAAGGUAACAGGAACUGAGAUUGAUUUGAGCUUAUCAAAGAAAGAUGUAGACAUCAAGCUCCCAGAAGCCAAAGCUGAAGUUCAACUACCAGAAAUCAAAAUAAAACAACCAUCUGCUUCCGUGGAAAUUAAAGCUCAUGAGAUUGACAGGAAAAAAAUAGGUGAUGUUGAAGGAUCACUGUCAAAACCUAAAAUGCCAACAUUUACAGUACCCACAUUUGGAGCUGCUACUUCAAAGGUCAGUGUGGACAAACCUGAUCUGGAUUUACACAUUGACGGAGCUACAGUUGAUGUCACGGCACCCAGCAUUGACACUGAAGACCUAUCUGUAGAUAUCAAAGCUAAAGAAAGUGACAUUGAAAGAUUGGGAAGCAAGUUCAAAAUGCCAAAGUUUGGCAUCUCAAUGCCCAGAGUUAAAGGACCUGAGCUUGAUUCAAGUUUAUCAAAGAAGGAUUUAGAAGUCACAUUACCAAAAGCCAAAGCUGAAAUCAACCUGGCCAGUGUUGAAAUCACACAACCUGAAGUGGAAAUCAAAGCUCCUGAGAUCAAGGUUGCAACAAAGGAUAAAGAAGGAUCACCAUCAAAAUUCAAGAUGCCGACGAUCAAAUUACCAACAUUUGGUGUUAAUAUUCCAAGUGCCACUGUGGAAGUAUCAGAAAAGGACAAAGACAUCAGAAUUGAUGGAGCUGACAUUACAAUUCCUGAAGAAGUGCUUGCAGUUCAUAUUACAGCACCCAUUGUUGACACUGAAGACCCAUCCAUAGUUAUCAAAACUGAAGGGAAAGAAAGCAAGUUUAAACUACCAAGCCUUGGUUUUUCUGGGCCUCAAAUUAAACAGCCAGACCUUGAUUUAGGUUUAGAAAAGAAAGAUAUGCAUGUGACUCUACCAGCCAAAGCUGAGGUCAACCUCCCUGAUGUUGGCUUGAAAGAACCUUCGGCCCAGGUAGACAUUAAAGGUCCUCAGAUCAAGAUGGGACAAAAGGGUACAGAAGGAUCACCAUCAAGAUUUAAGAUGCCAUCAUUUAAAUUACCUAAAUUUGGAGUUGGUACUUCAAGUGCUACUGUAGAAGUACCAGAUACGGACAGAGACAUUACAAUUGAUGGAACUAACAUUACAAUUUCUGGAGAAGUUCUAGCAGUUGACAUUGCAGGGUCCAGUAUUGAAACUAAAGUCCCAUCAGUAGAUAAAACAGAAACCCAACAGGAGCAAAAAGGAAGCAACUUUAAACUACCAAGUCUUGGUUUUUCCGGGCCUCAAAUCAAACUGCCUGAUAUGGAUUUAAGCUUAUCACAGAAAGACAUACAUGUGACUCAACCAGAAGCAACAGCUGAUGUCAAACUCCCUGACGUUGGACUGAAAAAACCUUCUGCUGAGGUGGAACUCAAAGGUUCUGAGAUCAAAGUUGUAAAGAAAGGAUCAGACGGAUCGACAUCAAAAUUUAAGAUGCCAACAUUCAAACUACCCAAAUUUGGAGUUAGUACUUCAAGUGCUGCCGUAGAGGUGCCGAAUACAGACAAAGAAAUCAAAAUCGAUGGAGCUGACAUUAAAAUUCCUGAAGAGGUGCUCGCAGUUCACAUUCAAGCACCAAGCAUUGACACUGAAGGCCCAUCAAUAGAUAUUAAAACGACAGGAACUGAACAUGGAGAGAAAGGAAGCAAGUUUAAACUACCGAGCCUUGGUUUUUCCGGGCCUCAAAUCAAACGUCCUGACAUUGAUUUAAGCUUUUCAAAGAAAGAUGUUGAUGUUACACUACCAGAGGCAAAAGCUGAAGUCAAACCCCAUCAAUUUGGAUUAAAAGAAACUACUGCUGACAUUGAAAUGAAAAGUCCUGAGAUUAAGGUUGAGCCAAAGGGUAAAGAAGGAUCACCAUCAAAAUUUAAGAUGCCAUCAUUCAAAUUGCCAACAUUUGGCAUUGGUCUUCCGAGUGCCACUGUCGCAUUGCCCGAUACGGACACAGACAUAAAUAUCGAUGGAUCUGACAUAACAAUUCCUGAAGAGGUGCUUUUAGUUCACAUUACAGCUCCCAGCAUUGAAAAUGAAGGCCCAAAAGUCGAUAUUAAAACUACAGGAACUGAACAUGAAGGAAAAGGAAGCAAGUUUAACAUGCCAAGCUUUGGUUUUUCCGGGCCUUCAAUCAAACGUCCUGAAAUUGAUUUAAGCUUUUCAAAGAAGGAAUUCGAUGUGACACUACCAGAAACAAAAGCUGAAGUCGAACUCCCUAAGGUUGGACUUAAAGAAAAUCUUGCUGAAGUGGAAAUUAAAAGUCCUGAGAUUAAGGUUGAGCCAAAGGGUAAAGAAGGGUCACCAUCAAAAUUUAAGAUGCCAUCAUUCAAAUUACCAAAAUUUGGCAUUGGUCUUCCGAGUGCCACUGUGGCAUUGCCCGAUACGGACACAGACAUACAAAUCGAUGGAUCUGACAUAACAAUUCCUGAAGAGGUGCUUUCAGUUCACAUUACAGCUCCCAGCAUUGACAAUGAAGGCCCAAAAGUCGAUAUUAAAACUACAGGAACUGAACAUGAAGGAAAAGGAAGCGAGUUUAACAUGCCAAGCUUUGGUUUUUCCGGGCCUUCAAUCAAACGUCCUGAAAUUGAUUUAAGCUUUUCAAAGAAGGAAUUCGAUGUGACACUACCAGAGACAAAAGCUGAAGUCGAACUCCCUAAGGUUGGACUUAAAGAAAAUCUUGCUGAAGUGGAAAUUAAAAGUCCUGAGAUUAAGGUUGAGCCAAAGGGUAAAGAAGGGUCACCAUCAAAAUUUAAGAUGCCAUCAUUCAAAUUACCAAAAUUUGGCAUUGGUCUUCCGAGUGCCACUGUGGCAUUGCCCGAUACGGACACAGACAUAAAAAUCGAUGGAUCUGACAUAACAAUUCCUGAAGAGGUGCUUUCAGUUCACAUUACAGCUCCCAGCAUUGACAAUGAAGGCCCAAAAGUCGAUAUUAAAACUACAGGAACUGAACAUGAAGGAAAAGGAAGCGAGUUUAACAUGCCAAGCUUUGGUUUUUCUGGGCCUUCAAUCAAACGUCCUGAAAUUGAUUUAAGCUUUUCAAAGAAGGAAUUCGAUGUGACACUACCAGAAACAAAAGCUGAAGUCGAACUCCCUAAGGUUGGAUUUAAAGAAAAUCUUGCUGAAGUGGAAAUUAAAAGUCCUGAGAUUAAGGUUGAGCCAAAGGGUAAAGAAGGGUCACCAUCAAAAUUUAAGAUGCCAUCAUUCAAAUUACCAAAAUUUGGCAUUGGUCUUCCGAGUGCCACUGUGGCAUUGCCCGAUACGGACACAGACAUAAAAAUCGAUGGAUCUGACAUAACAAUUCCUGAAGAGGUGCUUUCAGGUCACAUUACAGCUCCCAGCAUUGACAAUGAAGGCCCAAAAGUCGAUAUUAAAACUACAGGAACUGAACAUGAAGGAAAAGGAAGCAAGUUUAACAUGCCAAGCUUUGGUUUUUCCGGGCCUUCAAUCAAACGUCCUGAAAUUGAUUUAAGCUUUUCAAAGAAGGAAUUCGAUGUGACACUACCAGAAACAAAAGCUGAAGUCGAACUCCCUAAGGUUGGACUUAAAGAAAAUCUUGCUGAAGUGGAAAUUAAAAGUCCUGAGAUUAAGGUUGAGCCAAAGGGUAAAGAAGGGUCACCAUCAAAAUUUAAGAUGCCAUCAUUCAAAUUACCAAAAUUUGGCAUUGGUCUUCCGAGUGCCACUGUGGCAUUGCCCGAUACGGACACAGACAUAAAAAUCGAUGGAUCUGACAUAACAAUUCCUGAAGAGGUGCUUUCAGUUCACAUUACAGCUCCCAGCAUUGACAAUGAAGGCCCAAAAGUCGAUAUUAAAACUACAGGAACUGAACAUGAAGGAAAAGGAAGCGAGUUUAACAUGCCAAGCUUUGGUUUUUCCGGGCCUUCAAUCAAACGUCCUGAAAUUGAUUUAAGCUUUUCAAAGAAGGAAUUCGAUGUGACACUACCAGAAACAAAAGCUGAAGUCGAACUCCCUAAGGUUGGACUUAAAGAAAAUCUUGCUGAAGUGGAAAUUAAAAGUCCUGAGAUUAAGGUUGAGCCAAAGGGUAAAGAAGGGUCACCAUCAAAAUUUAAGAUGCCAUCAUUCAAAUUACCAAAAUUUGGCAUUGGUCUUCCGAGUGCCACUGUGGCAUUGCCCGAUACGGACACAGACAUAAAAAUCGAUGGAUCUGACAUAACAAUUCCUGAAGAGGUGCUUUCAGUUCACAUUACAGCUCCCAGCAUUGAAAAUGAAGGCCCAAAAGUCGAUAUUAAAACUACAGGAACUGAACAUGAAGGAAAAGGAAGCAAGUUUAACAUGCCAAGCUUUGGUUUUUCCGGGCCUUCAAUCAAACGUCCUGAAAUUGAUUUAAGCUUUUCAAAGAAGGAAUUCGAUGUGACACUACCAGAAACAAAAGCUGAAGUCGAACUCCCUAAGGUUGGACUUAAAGAAAAUCUUGCUGAAGUGGAAAUUAAAAGUCCUGAGAUUAAGGUUGAGCCAAAGGGUAAAGAAGGGUCACCAUCAAAAUUUAAGAUGCCAUCAUUCAAAUUACCAAAAUUUGGCAUUGGUCUUCCGAGUGCCACUGUGGCAUUGCCCGAUACGGACACAGACAUAAAAAUCGAUGGAUCUGACAUAACAAUUCCCGAAGAGGUGCUUUCAGUUCACAUUACAGCUCCCAGCAUUGAAAAUGAAGGCCCAAAAGUCGAUAUUAAAACUACAGGAACUGAACAUGAAGGAAAAGGAAGCAAGUUUAACAUGCCAAGCUUUGGUUUUUCCGGGCCUCAAAUCAAACGUCCUGACAUAGAUUUAAGCUUUUCAAAGAAGGAAGUCGAUGUAACACUACCAGAAACAAAAGCUGAAGUCAAACUCCCUGUAGUCAAACUUAAAAAAACAUCUGCUGAAGUGGAAAUUAAAGCUCCAGAGAUUAAGAUUGCGACAAAGGGAAAAGAAGGAUCACCAUCAAAAUAUAAGAUGCCAACAUUCAAAUUACCAACAUUUGGAGUUGGUACUCCGAGUGCUACCAUACAAGUGCAAGACAGAGACAUCAAAAUCAAUGGAGCAGACGUUACAAUUCCUGAAGAGGUUCUUUCAGUUCACAUUGCAGCACCCAACAUUGAAACUGAAGGCCCAUCAAUAGAUAUUAAAACAAAAGGAACUGAACCUGAAGGAAAAGGAAACAAGUUUAAAAUGCCAAGCCUUGGUUUUUCUGGACCUCAAAUUAAACGGCCGGACAUUGAUAUAAGCUUAUCAAAGAAGGCCGUAGAUGUGACUCUACCAGAAGCCAAAACUGAAGUCAACCUCCCCCAAGUUGAAAUAAAAGAAGAAUCAAAAGCUGAAGUCAAACGUCCUGAUGUUGAAACAAUAGAGGGUGAUGCCAAGUUGAAAAAGUCAAGUUGGACAAUGCCAAGAUUUUCCUUUUCAACGGCAAGCGUUAAGGCACCUGAGGCUGAUGUUAACGCUGAUGCCCCAAAGGCUGACGUUACACUACCAGAGGUCAAAACAGACGUACAUAUCCCAGAUAUUGAUAUCAAAGAAACCUCAGGUAUUUCAAUGGAGGGGGCACAUUCCACAGAUAUAGAUGCCAAAAUGAAGAAGACAAGGUUCUCAUUACCCAGAUUUUCAUUUUCAAAGCAAGGUUCUAAAGAGUCUAAAGUUGAUGUCAGUGUCCCAAACGUUGAUGUUUCUCUUCCAGAAGGGAAUGUGGAAGGUAAACACCCUGCUGUUGAAGUGAAGCCACAAAAAGGUGAUGUAGAAUUACAGGGGCAGGAAAGCAAGUUUAAAAUGCCAAAGUUUGGCAUCUCAAUGCCCAAAGUAAAAGGACCUGAAUUUGAUUCAAGUGUAUCAAAGAAAGAUUUCGAAGUGACAUUACCUGAAACUAAAGCUGAAAUUAACCUGCCCAAUGUUGAAGUCAAAGGACCUGAAGUUGAAAUACAAGCUGCAACAAUGAAUACUGAAGGAUCACCAUCAAAAUUUAAGAUGCCUACAUUCAAUUUACCAACAUUUGGAGUCGGUAUUCCAAGUGCCUCGGUUGAAGUGCCCGAUACAGACAAAGUCAUCAGAAUUGAUGGAACUGAUAUAACAAUUCCUGAAAAGGUUCUUGCAGUUCACAUCACAUCACCCAGCCUUGACACUGAAGGCCAAUCAAUAGAACAUGAAGUAAAAGGCAGCAAGUUUAAACUGCCAAGUCUUGGCUUUUCUGGGCCUCAAACCAAACGGCCUGGCAUUGAUUUAAGCUCAUCAAAAAAAGACGUAAAUGUGACUCUACCAGGAGCCAAGGCUAAAGUCAAACUUCCUGAAGCCCGACUGAAAGAUCCUUCCACUGAAGUGGAAAUGAAAGGUCCUGAGAUCAAGAUUGCAACACAGGGUACAGAAGGAUCACCAUCAAAAUAUAAAAUGCCAACAUUCAAGUUACCAAAGUUUGGAGUUGGUACUCCAAGUGCUACCGUGAAAGUGCCUGAGACUGACUUCAAACUUGAUGGAGCUGACAUUCCUGAAGAGGAUCUUGCAGUUCACAUUGCAAAAGCCAGCCUUGACAAUGAAGGCCCAUCAAUAGAUAUUAAGACCACAGGAACUAAACAUGAAGGAAAAGAAAGCAAGUUUAAACUACCAAGUCUCAGCUUUUCUGGGCCUCAAAACAAAUGUCUUGACAUUGAUUUAAGCUUAUCAAAGGUUGAUGGAGAUGUUACUUUACCAGAAGCCAAAGCUGGAGUCAAACUCCCUCAUGUUGAACUCAAGGAAUCUUCUGCUAAAGUGGAAAUUAAAGCUCCUAAAAUUGAUGUCCAGACAAGUAAUGUUGAAGGAUCACCAUCUAAAUAUAAGAUGCCCACAUUCAAAUUACCGAAAUUCGGAGUUAGUACUCCAAGUGCCACAGUAGAAGGGCCCAAUACAGACAUUAACAUUCCCGAAGAGGUGCUUUCAGUUCACAUCACAGCACCAAGUAUUGACACUGAAGGCCCAUCAAUCAAUAUUAAAACUACAGGAACUGAACAUGAAGGAGAGGGAAGCAAGUUUAAACUACCAAGUUUCGGUUUUUCUGGGCCUCAAGUCAAGCAGCCUGACAUUGAUAUAAGUUUAUCAAAGAAAGAUGUAGAUGUAAUUUUACCUGAAACUAAAGCUGAAGCCAAAGAAACUGAAGGUGUCAUUUCAGUGCCAGAUGCACCGACAGUUGACAUUGAUACCAAAAAACAAGCAACAUGGGCAUUUCCAAGAUUUUCAUUUUCAAGGUCAGCUGGUAAAGCCUCUGACGAUGAACCUGAAACACCCAAAGUGGAUGUCACAUUACCAAAGGCAGAAGCAGAAGUCCAAGGAGGACUAUCAGGGGCCGUUUCAAUAGAAGAGCCUCCUGCUGCAGAACUUGAUCCAAACUUGAAAAAAAGACAGUUUUCCCUACCCAGAUUUUCUUUUUCGAGGUCAAGUGUUAAAGAACCCGCGGUAAGUGCUGAGCUACCACAUGUUGAUGUUUCUCUUUCGGAAGGAGAAGUGAUAGUCAAGCAACCUGAAAUGAAAAUAAAAGCUCCUGAGCUUGAAGCUGAACAUGAUGGACAAGGAAGCACAUUUCAAUUACCAAAGUUUGGCAUUGCUCUACCAAAGGUAAAAGGAUCCGAAGAUAUCAAUGCAUCACAGAAAAACGUAGAUAUCACUGUGGCGGAUGUAAAAGCCAAAGUCACACUUCCAGAUAUUGAAGCCAAAGAAUAUUCAGCCAGUGUGGAAAUGAAAGAUUCUGAGAUUGAAGCUCAGUCAAAAGGUGUUGGAGGAUUGUCAUUAAAAUUGAAAAUGCCAACAUUGAAAAUGCCGAAAUUCGAAGUUGCUACCCAUGAUGUCACUGUAAAAGCACCGGAUUCAGACAAAGUAGAUGAAACGGAUGGGGCUAAACAUAAGGAGGACAUUACUCUCAUCAUCAAAGGUCCAAGUGUUGAUAUUAAAACGGAUGAGACUGGCAGCGUGGAUCUUGGAUCUCCAAGUAAAUUUAAAUUACCAUCAUUUAAACUGCCAAAGCUGAGCUUUUCAAUACCCAACGCUGAAGGUGAUGUUCCAGUUGACACUGAAUCCAAAGAAGAUCAGCUGAAAAUUGAAGUUGAUCCAAAAGGAGAGAGUAAAUCACAAAAAGUGACUUUGACAUCAUUUGGUGAGAUCAUCAAGAAUUUUGAUGUUGAAAUUGAUGCUGCAAAACCUGAAGAACAACUUGAAACUUUAAAAGAAGUUCAAGAAACAGUGGAACCAAAUGGAAAGCAGCCAGAGGCAAAGGAAAAAGAAACAAAGCAAGAUACUACUAAAAGUCCUGAGAGGACAAGUUGGCUUAAAUUCCCCAGGUUUGGACUGUCUUCCCCAUCAGAGCCUGCCAAGACCGUUGAAAAAGAGGAGCAGAAGGAUGAAAAGAGCCCAGUAGGGGAAACAUCGGAUGAGGAAAUAAGUCCCACGUCUUCAGUCCAGUCAUCAGACGCCUUUGCUGAUAUUAGCUCUGCAAUGACUAGUGAGCAUCUUGGCCUGUCCUUAUCAUCUCCAACAAAGGUGGUCACAGUCAAAUUCUCUGAUCCCAACGUUGCUUCAGGUCUUGGUGAGAUGCAUAGUAACAUUAUUACUUCUACCACAAGGACUGAGAUUAUCUCGGUUGAGCCGAAAUUGCCUGAGAAAAUCACCAUUUUGUCGUCUGGAGCUUCUUCUUCAUCGGAAGACACGCUCAGACUGGAUUCAGGAAAAUUACAUGUCUUCACAUCAAAUAUACAAGCGACACCAGAAUCACAGUAUGCCAAACUGCUAACUGAUUUCCAAAUCCAAUCAGCAGGAGGCCUUCCCCUAGAACCAGAGGCUUACAAAGCUGCAUCCUGGACUGUCGAAGACCCGGAAAGCGGAAAGAGAACGGUAUACGAGAGGCAUUUAGUUAAGGAAACAUCAAGUGAAAGCAAAGAAACAAUUGUUAUAACUCAACAAAUCACACGUACGUUUGACUCUUCUGAGACAGCUUCAUCCAUUCAACGACUGAAAGACUCUAUGCACUCCGAUAAAAUGAGGUUCUUUGAUGGAGCCGAUGAGUGAAAUUACUUUAUGUAAAUUAUGUCAGAAGAUACAAACCCUUAUUAUCCCGCCUCAGUGGCUGGGGGGCUUUUGAAUAUCACUGUGACAGAAAGCGAGAUAGAAAACAGGUUUGGCAACUGCAAAAGACUGUUGGCAAAUGUAACUUACCAAUCAUAGGAAAUGAUCAGUGUUCAGGUGUUAACUUCAAUCUCUGGUAGCAUGUUGUUGACCUAUAAAGAGAUGGAUUAAUUAAAUGUACUGACAAUGAGAUUUAGUUGUUAAUAAGCUCUAUAAUUCAGUGCUUUUACUUCAAUUUAUGAAAGGACUUCACCAAAUAUCCUUGCUUAUUGUGGUACAAAACUAAAGUAAGCCAUGUGUUUUGCUUCUCAAAACGUAUAAUAUAUUUGUGGUUUCAUAGUUUUAAAUGUACAACAACUGUUUCAAAGUACUUGUGCGCUUCUUAUCGGAUGAUAAUCAACGAUGCAUUUGAUUUAAAAACUGUUUAUCUGAACAAAAUUGAUGUUACUGACAUUCCAAAAUGUUUACAAUAAUUUCUCUGUAAUGUUGACAGUUAAAAACACCUACAAUAUUAUAGGGCAGUAGGCAAUAUGACAAAAAAAUGAUGUACAUUUAUCUGCAGGAUAUUCUUGUUGCUGUGGCUAAAACGUAAAGAGACAACAGCAUUGCAAAGCUUAAAUGAAACGCUUAUGAUCAAAAACACCAAGUGUACUGCUACAAACUAUAUUUUGUAUUAAUAUUUUGCUUACAACCUAAUUUGCUACAGUACAAAUAUAUCCAGAGUUUGGUAUCUUUCAAUAUCACUGUACAACGUGGGAAUCUUAAACUAGCAGUGUAAAUAGCUUUUAAUGAAUCCAUGAAUUCUGAUGUAACAUGUUUGCAAAGUUAUACACAAUAAAUA